AUGAGCAUCACCAGACCGGAUCCUAAAGUCGAUGAAGGACUGCAUGUGUCGUCCUCAGGUGUGCACCAUGGGUCAACGAUCAAAGUCAUUGUGGUGACCCUCGAAGAACUCGGCUACAAAAACUGCUUCCACCUCGCCGAGCCCCUCUGCCAAUUGACCAAUCUCUACCUCAGCGUCAGAAUUGUCAACACCAAAAACACCUCCCUCCGACGACAAAAUCUCGCCCGUCUACUACAAAACCACGAAGUUACCCUCAAAGUCCCCGGGAGUGCCUAUCUCCCGGACCUACUGGAGAUGUACCCAGACGCCAAAGUCGUCCUUACAGGGCGCACAUCGGCAGCUCUCUAG